CGAGGCACGCCGGGAGUGGCGGUUCGGGGCGGAGGCCGCGGGGCACGCCGGGAGCCGUAGUUCCGGGUGGCGGCCGCGGGGCACGCCGGGAGCCGUAGUCCGGGGGAGGCUGCCGCCUGCGGGGUGUGAAGGCCGGGCCGGCGCGACGGCUGUGGCGUUGCCGUAGCCGCGGGGCAGCCCGGGCCUGGGCGUGGCACCGGGGCCGCGCCGGCUGCGCAGGCGGCGGGUGAGGGGGCUGGCGGGGAGCCCCGCGGCCUUGUCCGGCCGGGCCGCAGGGAGCGCGCAGAGCCGGCGGCCGCGGGGAGCCUCGAGGGCACGGCGCGUUUGGCCUCGGCCCGGCGCCAGGCCGCGGGCGGGGCGGGCUGCCGCCGCGGCCAAAUCCCGGUCAGAUGAGGAGCUUAGUCUGGCUGCUCGCCGUCCUGCCGCCCGGAGCCGCGCGGCCCGAGCAUGCCGCCGAGGCGCAAGCUCCCCAGCUGGACCUUACUUCUGUCUGUUUGUGCUGUGGGAAUUGGAGGGACCUUUCAAUAUGGGUAUAAUGUUUCCAUUAUCAAUGCACCCACCCAGCAUAUACACAGCUUCUUAAAUGAAACCUGGAUGAGUCGUUAUCACAAGAAGCUAAAUCCAGAUUUGCUGACUUUUCUCUGGUCUGUCAUUGCUUCUAUAUUUUCACUUGGAGGCCUGUGUGGAGCCCUUAUUGGAGGCAGCAUGGCAAUCCGGCUAGGCAGAAAAGGAGCUCUUUUGAUGAACAAUAUCAUAGCAAUACUGGGCUCCAUUUUAAUGGGGAUCAGUUUUCCUACAGGAAUGUUUGAGCUAUUGAUUAUUGGCAGGUUUUUGAUUGGCAUAAAUUCAGGUAUUGGCAUCUGUGUGCAGCCCCUAUAUCUUGGGGAGGUUGCCCCAAAGCAUCUUAGAGGUGGUAUGGCCAUGGGCAGUUCCAUCUUUCUGACUGGAGGGAUUCUGACAGGACAAAUAAUUGGUUUGAGGGAAUUAUUAGGUGGAGAAACGUAUUGGCCUUUGUUGCUAUCCAGCAGCUGUUUCCCAGCAUUUGCCCAACUUGUAUUCCUGCCAUGGUUUCCUGAAAGUCCCAGAUAUCUUCUUAUUGACAGAGGUGAUGAGCUGAGCUGUGUCAAAGCUUUGAAGCGAUUUCAUGGCUCUUUACAAUAUCAAAUGGAGAUGGAAGAUAUACAGCAGGAAUGUUUUGCCUUAAAUGGGGAGAAAUCCAAGAAACCCUGGCAAUUAUUCACUGAUCGUGGUGUGAGAUGGCAGCUCAUUACUGUGAUUGUGAUGACUAUGGGCCAGCAGCUCAGUGGCAUAAAUGCUAUUUAUUUCUAUGCAACUUACAUUUUUAAACAAGCUGGGAUCUCAGCAGAAAAAAUCCCAUAUGUGACGCUAGGCACUGGAGCCUGUGAAUGCCUCACAGCCCUCACCUGUGGCUUACUGAUUGACUGCGUGGGAAGAAGAUUUCUCAUCGUUGGAGGAUAUCUCCUUAUGACCCUUUGGAGCAUUGUUUUAACAUUCUCCCUGACUUAUCAGGAACUGCACUCAUGGGUGCCAUAUGUGAGCAUGACAUCUAUAUUUGCCUUCAUUUUGAGCUUUGGGUUGGGACCAGGUGGCAUAACAAAUACCCUGACAGCUGAAUUAUUUAUACAAUCUUCACGUCCUGCUGCUUACAUGAUAGGAGGAGCUAUUAGUUGGAUUAGCUUCUUCACAAUUGGAAUGCUCUUUCCCUUUAUAGUGAAUGGACUGAAACAGUAUUGUUUUCUGGUGUUCUUAGUGGAAUGCGCCGUAGUUGCUGCUUUCAUCUUUGUCGUAAUUCCUGAGACAAAAAACAAAUCUUUUUUGGAAAUCAAAAAGGAAUUUCACAAGCUUAAUUUUGGAAGAAAUACUAAAGAAAAGGAAACAGAGCUGUAUGAAAGAAGACAACUCCAUGAUGAAUUUUAAAAAAUUCUGUGCAACUUCACAGCUGUAACUAACUAAUGAGAAUUAGGAAGUCUUUUAAAUUAGCUAUAACAACAUGAACAAGGAGCUUAUUAACUCCUCCUGCACAUGCAGAUGGAGUUUAAUUAAAAGGCAAAUUAAUCUUUCUGAAAUGUUAUUAACAAUAUAUAUUGUAUUAUAGACUUAAUGUUUAGACACAGCUUGCUUUGUAUUAAUGCAGAAAUGCAGGGGGGAGGUGUUCAGUGGCUUUCUCUAUUUUUUGCAGAUUUCUUUAGACAGCCUAUAAGAUCCAGUAGCUCUUCUUUUUAUUUCUAAGCCCAGUCUUCAGAUCCAGAUAAUCAAAUAUAUGUUAAUGUUUUAUUGAAUAAAACAUAGAUAGCGUUCUGUGGACUUAAAACCCAACUGAGAACUGAUCCAUUCAAACUGGUAUUUCAAAUAUUCUAGUUAAUAGAAUAGACUUGAGGUAUUUAGUUGCUGUUUCUCAAUUAAGUAAUUCCUUCGAAAGAUUUCAGGACAUCCUCACUCAGUCCUAAUGUUGUAACAACACAAGGAUAUUCUAUCCUAUAGGAACAAAGGCUGUAGAGCACCUAUUUGAAUUAUCCUUAUUCUUAAUAAAGUUUAUUAGACAGGCUUAUUUCCUAAAAGGGUACAAUAUAACAGUUUUGGGGGGUUGAUUUUUUUUUUCCCUUCCCCCAUCUAGCAUUUUAAUAUUUUAAACUGUGUGACAGGGUAGAACCUGCACUGGUUAUGAAGGCCAAUUCCUAGCAUACCAAGAUCAACAUCAUAAAAAGCAUCUAAGUAGGAGAGAGGGCAGACAAUAGAAAUUAAAUACAUUUCACCUUUGAAGACCUUCCAGGAUGAUCUGGUAGAACACAGACAAGGGCACUACGUAGAGCUUGGAGGGCCUGUGGAAUGAGCUUUCUGCUUAAUCUUCAACAUUCCAUACCAGACUUUUUCUCAAUAUAAAGUAAAUUCUUAACAUUUUAGUAGCUCAAAAAUCUUAAUUCCUCACUGUGUUUGUAUGCCUGUUUGAUACUAAUUUCCAUACCUGUAACCCCUGCUAGGAUGGUAGUCCUAACUUACCUAUUACAAUUUUUCCUGCUUAUAAGCAUUUCCUACUUCCGGUGCUUACUGCAGCACUGAUUAAAUAACAGGUGGAUUUCCUUUAUGUUAACCUUCCUUCUCUCAGAAUAAAGACUUUUAACAAAAAAACAGGAGGCAAGCACCAUUUUUCCAGUUUUGGUUACUGAAUCAGAUGUUUAAUUGAACAUAACACUAACUCCUAAUGGUAAAGGAAGCAGUAUCAGGAAGGGAUCUUCUUGUUCUUUAGUUUAUCCUCUAAGUUUGCAAAAUAUUUCAUUUUGGCUAGAAGCUUCUUAGCUUCUUGAAGAUCAUCUGAAAUGAAAUAAAAUAUUACUACUUCAUAGAGGGCUGAAUUUUAAUUUUCAAGACAAAUCUCAACAUUUUACUGAAAGCAACUGUUUCAGUAUUAGAACUAAGAGCUAAAAGUUGUAAGGACUCAUACAUUAUUAAAACAGUGUUACAUAUUAUUUUCAUUUCAGAAGGCUCUGGGGGCCUCAAUUCAGGUGUUCCACAAAAUAUGUAAGAAUGUCUGGGACAAAUGGCUUACAGCUGAAAAAAAGAAAUGUUAUACAAAUACCCUUUAACGAGUUUCCUGUAAAGUGGCUAUAAUGUUGAUGUAGCAACUGGGGAAGCUUAAGUAUACAGACAAGUUUUUUUUUUUUUUUUAAUGUAUAUGAUUAGACCAACUCCCAUCAUUGAAAAAUGCAAAAGAUUUGGUGUUCAGAUAGAGGCUGUUACAAAACUGGAUUGAAAUAAUUGCUCCUUACUUAAACAGUGAAGUAAUUGGAGGGGAAAAGUGGUUCAUCUCCUACUGACAAGGACAGAUGCAACACCGUCCUUAACUCUCAUGGAACAAAGAGUGACAAAUUAUACUGUUGUAAUUCUUCACAUGCAGGUCUAGUCAUUAUUCUAUUUAUUAGAAUAAUAAUAAUAUAUUAAUAAUAAUAAACAAUUCUAUAUUUAUUAUAACAAUAAAAGCAUUCUGAGACCCAGCAGAAAAAUACUGAGGUUUCUUCCCUGUGUAAUAAGCUAGUAUGGAUUAGUUCAAGCUCCUGUAUGUCAACUGGUCAUGUUGGUCAAAGUUAUGUUAAUGAUGGCCCAGGCAGUCCCUAAAACCUCAGGCCUAGCUAAAUGAGGCAUCAGGUCCUCUUUUGCUAUACAGGUCCAGUUGCAACCAGCAAAAGCAUCCCUGUUUGGUUGCUUGCUGCAAAAAAUACAGCACCUGGACACUACUUCGUUAACAGCAUCCGGUCUGCAGAACAAGAUCCCCAAAUUCAGAUUUGAAGCCUGAGAU